UCCAUUGUCCGAAUACUUUAACGUGUAAACUACCUCUGGUUAGAAAAUAGCAAAAUAUCUUCCUCAGCUUCUUCUCUCAAGCAUCCCGAAGAAACCAUGGCGUCCAGCUCCUUCGCCAUCCUUCCUUUGCUUAACUAUAACUCCACGACCAAUAGAUCUUCUUCUUCUUCUUACUCAUCUCCGAUUGGCUUCUGGAACCUCCCCAGAUCGAAACACAGGUCCGCGAAACACUCAAAUCCACGUUGUCCACAGGUUCUUGUCUCCUUCUCACUGAACCAACCGGCUGAUGAAGAAUCCUCCGACGCCACGCUCUUUCAAGAAUCCAACUCAAUCGCUGAUUACAUGCGGUUCAAGCGCCGCUCCGACGACGACGGCAACAACAACAACAACGGCUCUAGCGAGUUGCAGACUGCGAUCGUCAGCUACAAGAAACGUUUCCCUUGGAUUCUUCUCAACCCUUUUCUUCAGGUAGAUUUGGUCUCAACGAUUCAUAUUGCAGAUAAAGAGUACUUCACAGCUCUUCAAAAGGAGCUUGAACCCUAUGAUUCAAUCUUGUAUGAGAUGGUGACUAGUAAAGAGUCCUUGGAAAACAGAAGAAACACAAUUGCUGCCAAGAGGCUCAAGACUUCACGACGUUCUAGAGGCUUCAGUAUCCUCGGCUUCAUCCAGAGGCAGAUGGCCAGGGUGCUAACUCUUGAUUUUCAGCUUGACUGUCUUGAUUACGAAGCUAAGAAUUGGUACCAUGCUGAUCUCGACUUCGAGACAUUCACCUUGCUUCAGAAGGAGAAAGGGGAGAGCUUCUACUCAUUUGCAAGGGACAUGACGAUUAGAUCAACGAAAGCAAUGAUACAGCCAGCUUUGGUAACCGAAGGUCUUGAUACUUGGAGGUCAAAGCUUCUGUGGGUUUCACGGGUCUUCCUGCCUCUUGUGGGUCUUUUCCUUAUUGGGGCGUUCUGUGCUGACUUCGAGAAUCAGACUGAAGACUAUCCAGAACUGGAAGCACUCUCACGGCUUGAUUUUGGUGCUGCUAUGAAGGUCUUCCUCGCUAAGAGAUUGACAUCCGAGCUAACGCAAGGGACAUCAGAUAUAGAGGAGAAAUCUGUGAUCAUUGGUGAGAGAAACAAAGCAGCGACAGAAGCUUUGAAAAGAGCAAUAGAGCAAGGACACAAGAGAGUUGCGAUUCUAUACGGAGGAGGCCACAUGCCUGACUUGGGAAGACGGCUUAGAGAAGAGUUUGAUCUUGUUCCUUCUGAGGUGAGAUGGGUAACAGCUUGGUCUAUCAGUAACCCAAGGGACAUGGAGACGGCUUCGUUUCCGUUUCUGAGGACAAUGGCGGAUGCUCUGCGUUGGCCGCUGAACCGGUACCAAACCCUGGCGUUGCUAAUAUUUUCAUCGGUUCUUGCGGUGGAUCUUUGCUUUUGGGAGCUGUUCUUGGAUUCGACCAUUGACUGGGGUUCACAGAUAGCUGGAGAGCUGUACAAGUUUGUAGAUAAUACAAAACUUAUGUAAUUACACAACGAUGUACAAACAGUGUCUAAUAGUAUUCAAAAGAUAACAAAGUCUUCUGUUAAAAGCGA